AUGGAAAGAGGAAUUGUGAUAAAAGACGACUGGGCCGGGCACAGUCUGGAUCUGUUCACCUACCCACAGCACUACCACGAGGACAUAGAGAGCAUUUACAUCCCACACGGGGUCAUCAUGAACAGGGUGGAGCGUCUGGCCCACUACAUCAAGGACGACUUCGGGGACGGCAACAUAAUGGUGCUGUGCGUCCUGAAGGGAGGAUACAAGUUCUGUGUCGAUCUGGUGGAGUUCCUCAAAAUUCUUGGCCGCAACUCGAACAAGUACCUGGAGACCCGGGUGGAGUUUAUUCGUCUGAAGAGCUACCUGAAUGACCAAUCCACAGAGGACCUGCACAUCAUAGGAAGCAGAGAUCUGUCGUUCCUGCGUGGAAAGUGUGUGCUGAUUGUUGAGGCCAUAGUUGACACAGGAAAGACCAUGAAGGCCCUUCUGAAGCAUGUGGAGACCUUUGAACCCAAGAUGGUCAAGGUCGCAGGUUUGCUGGUGAAGAGGGUCCCCAACAUGGCUGAACAUCUGACCGACUAUGUUGGAUUUGAAAUCCCCAACCGCUUUGUUGUCGGUUAUGCCCUGGACUACAAUGAAUACUUCCGUGACCUGAAUCACAUCUGUGUUAUCAGCAAGACCGGAAAGAUGAAGUACAAAGUUUGAGAGGAAUUCAAACCACGAAUUAUGCCCAGUUUUUACACAGCGGCACAAAACUAUUUGUUUGUAACUUGUAUAUUUUAAAAAGUUGCUCAAAGCAGCUCAUCCAACUUUGUGAAAU